GCUCCUGUUUGUAGCCUUGAACAGACAAUCUGACGGCCGGAUUGGCCGCUCGCCGGCCAUGGCUAGCGGCCUAGCGGCUUCUUGAUGAGCGCACGGCUUGCGUCCUCGGCCUCGAUGUCGGUGGGCAUCUUGGGGGCGGGGCCGGCUGGGCUGAGCGCUGGCGCUGCGGCGCUCGAGGAGGGCUUGAGGCCGGUCAUCUUCGAAGCCGCGGAAGAUGUGGGUGGACUUUGGAGAGAGCACGGCAAGGUGUGGCGCUCCCUGCGCACGAACCUGUCCAAGUACACCUGCUCCUUCUCUGACUUCCCCUGGCCAAAGGCCGCGCCGGACUUCCCGAGCGCGCACGCCAUGCGGAACUAUUUGCACCGCUAUGCCGAGGCGAAAGGCUUGCUGCCCUUAGUGCGCACAUCAUCUGAGGUUCAGGAGGUGGUGUCACUGGGUCCUGGGUGGCAAGUGACUGUGGAGUCUGCCGGGGAAGUGACCCGUGAGAGCUUCGACUUUUUGGUCGUCGCCACCGGCAUUUUCUCGACGCCCGCUUCCGUGCCUGGGGUUGAGGACUUUGCAGGGCACGUGAGCCAUGCAGCGGACUACCGGGACCCAGAAAGCUUCCAAGGCCUUCGCGUGCUGGUGGUGGGCGCGGCCUUCAGCGGCGCAGACAUCGCCACGGAGCUGGGCGGCUCCGCGGCUUCGGUGACGAUCGCCACCAGUACUCCCUUUUGGUAUCUUCCCAGAUACAUCCGCGACAAACCCGCGGAUCUCCUCUUUUACUCCCGGGCCGCCCACAGCAGGAAUGCGCAAGUGCCGCCAGAGGAGCUGCGCAAGAGGCGGCACGGCUUCUUCCAGUCGCUGGUGGGGGAGAUGCCAGCAAACCUCACAGCGCCCUCCCACGAUCGGGGUGACAUACCGGCCGUGGCGAUUUCCGACGAGUUUCUUUCUGCGGUUCGCUCUGGCAGAGUAGAAGUUCGGGGCCGUGUCGUGCAGGCGGAGGGCAACCGGGUUUCCUUCGAGGACGGGUGCGCGGAGUUUGACCACAUCCUCCUGGCGACGGGGUAUCGCUUGGAGAUGCCUUUCCUGAGUUCAGACCUCCAGGACCAGCUGCAGCUAGAUCCCUCCGAUCAGCUCCAGCCGCUUCUUCUGGCGCACCAGGUGUGGCCGGUGAAGGCCAAGAACCUCGCCUUCGUGGGCUUGUACCGUGGCCCCUACUUCGCCGCGAUUGAGCUCAUGUCUCGCUGGGCCUGCGGAGUGUUCUCCGGCCGUCUUCCGCCACUCUCGGAGGAGCAGCUUCAGGAGGCCUUGCACCACGAGCUCCAGAUCCGCCAGCAGGUGCCGCGGCCCCAGUUCCCCCACGACUACGUGGAGAUGGCGGAGCGCCUCUCGGGCUUUGCCCAGGUGCGACCCACCGAGAUCUUGGAGGAUGUGUCCCAUCCGCUGCACCGAGCGCUCAUAGAGGGGCCGCUGCUGCCGUGCCACUAUCGCCUGCAAGGCUUCAAGGCUGUGCCAGAGAUGGCCGCUUCGGCUCUCGCAGAGUGCUUGGAAGCCUAUCCCUUGUGAG